CAAGCCCCCAAUACGGUCCCUUCUCCCAACAUUGCUUAGUUCAUCCCCACCACACGGAGUACGCGUACUGUGAAACCGUUCGGUGUCUCCUGACGGCGUGUGUCGCUCGUACACAUAAAGCGAGGUUCAUCGCCACGUGAUUGAGUGUUAGUACAAGUGCCUGGUGUUCAUUUCCAAUUCCCACUACUCGGGACAUAAAGAUUUCUGGCAGCUAAAACCCCAACUGCUCACCGGGAAAAAGGUCCUUGCGGACGCAACAGAACAAAACUGACCCCCCAAAAUGCCAACCUUGCUGGAAGCGCUCGAGGAAAAGUACGGCAUGGAGCCGGACGAGAAGGAAGAACACGUGGAAGAGGAAGUGCUGGUGUCCAUCUUUGUUCCUAAGCUGCCACCGAGACAAAGCACUCCGCAGCUGCUCAUACUGAACGACUGCAAUAUCGAUCGAGCCGGCGAGCCGGAAGAUUUGCGCAAAAAGUGCCGCAUCGUGAAGGAGCUGGAUCUGGCGCAAAAUAAGCUGAACAACUGGAACGAGGUAUUCGUCAUCCUGUCACACAUGCCGCGGGUUGAGUUUGUGAACCUCAGCCUUAACCAUCUAACCGGACCGAUCGAUACGCCACCGGUCACGAAGAUGGACCACCUGCGGAACCUCGUGCUAAACAACACCAAGCUGGAGUGGUGCAGCGUCGAGAUGUUGCUGCGCUUUCUGCCCGCCCUCGAGGAGCUGCAUCUCAGCCUGAACGAGUACACGCACGUGCUGAUCGAUACGAUCGAGUCGGGAACACCCACGCCCACUGGGGAUGGUGGAGGCGGUGGUUCUGAUGGUGGUGGUAGUGGCCCGGAACCAAGCCACAGUAAUGCUGCCAAUGGCGCACAAACCGCCACCACUAGUCACGCGGAGGACACACUGUCCAGUUCGUGUUCCUUCUCUUCGGCGUCCUCGUCGGGUAGCAAAUCGUCCUGCGGUGAUCCUGCCGCGACCGUGGAACCACCGCCAUAUCAAACGGACCCGCACGCCGGCGUACGGAAGCUGCACCUAACGGGGAAUUUCAUUUCCGAGUGGGGUGAAAUUUGUCGCAUCGGGCGAGUGUUUCCUCAGCUGGAAGCGCUGGUGCUAGCGGACUGUCCGUUGAGAUCACUUAAACCCACGGAUUCACAGGGCAACGAAAGUGAGGAAGAAAGUCAUAAAUAUUUUCAAAACCUGAAACUGCUUAAUCUGAGCAACGCCAAAAUCGACUCGUGGGAGGAUAUCGAUCGGUUGGCAGAGUACCCAUCGCUGUGCAAUGUCCGGCUUCAGUAUUGGCCCUUGUGGGAAAGGACGGACUCCACAACAGAGCACGAGCGUCGGCAGCUGCUGAUAGCGCGGCUUCCAAACAUCAGUAUUCUAAAUGGCGGUGACACAAUCGGGGCCGUUGAACGGGAAGACGCCGAGCGGUCAUUUAUCCGCCAUUAUCUGGACAAACCGGAUGUCGAGCGGCCGCGACGGUACUACGAGUUGAUCGGUGUCCACGGCCAACUGGAUCCGCUCGUCAACAUCGAUCUGCGCCCGGAACGUAAGGUGAAGGUACGGUUCACCUUCGAGGAUAAAGCGAUCGAACGCACGGUGGACGUUAACCGAACGGUGAGCGAUCUAAAGUCGCGCCUCGAACGGAUAUUCGAUGUACCGGCCGCCCGGAUGCGGCUGUUCUACGUCGAUCAGGACUUCCGCGAUCUGCAGGGCCUAGAGGAGAUGAAGUACCCGCACAAGGUACUGUAUAGCUAUAACAUACGCUCCGGUGAUGAGAUCAUCAUCGAACGAAAGGUGAAAAGUUGAUAAGCGCCCAGAUACGGACGGUGUACGAGCAGUGUAUUAUUUUGGUUUUUUUGUUCAUUUUUACCCCUUGUUUACCCGAUACGUGCACUUACGAUACUGGCUUCCUCCCUUCGUCUUCUUACUCUCAAACCCCUCCGCCUUACGUUCAACUACCAAGUAUCGCGAAAUGAUUUUUUUAUAUAAUGUAUGUGAUAUAAAGCGUCGCCGCCAUCGCGUCAAAAUGUGUCUCUCGCCACGUAUCGUGUUUAUGCGUUUUUUUUCUUCCCUCUGUACUAUCAGUUUUAAAUUAGGGGUUAGUCAUAAUUUGGCUGCCGGUUCCGUAGCCUUGCGUUUUCCCCUUUCCCCAAUCGGCUAUACGAUUUAUUGUUUUCUGUUCUGUUUUUCGUGCCACGGGCAAGUGAGUCGAAGUAAAGCAGCUAACUAUACUAAUAAUAAAG